GCAACGUACCGCGCGAUGGUUUCCACUUGCUGCAAGUCUUGCAUCUUAUAGGAAGGAUCAAAACUUAGAAAACUUUUGCAUUGGCAGCAUGCAUCGGAUCGGGCAAUACCAAUGUGCCAAUCCACAGCUCUUGUGAAAUAUGUGAUUGCUUGCAUUUUCCCGCGGUCCUCAGCACUCUCACGCUCGCUUCUGCGGUUCCUCUAAAAAUGCAGUCAGGGAGGCAGAGCCAGCCGCCGGCGCGGCCUGCUGGGCGAUCUCGCUCCCGCCAUCGUCCGAGACCCCCCGAAUCAGUCAAGGCCCCCCAGAUACAGGCAGGGAGACGCACCCCGAGCACAGGGAAUCAUGAAAAGCAACCCCCCGGUGCGCAGCAGGGGGGUGGAUCAGGCAGGCCGGUCCUGAUGGGACAUCGUGAGUCGGCCGGGUUGCCAGUUUCCAGGGGUGGGGUGACGGAGCAAGCAAAGGAACAGGGGGUUGUGCGGCCGGAGAGUGCAUUUCAGGCCCUUGCACGCAGUGGGGGGGUGGUGGUGGUGGGAGUGGUAGGGGGGGAACGAAAUGAGGCUGCACACUUGGUGGAACGAUUUCUUCAAAAGCAGAUCCUCACAAAGCCGCCCUCAAAGGGUCUUGAUGAGUAUACCCGUCUAAAAUUUCACCACGAUAUCCAGCGCGGCCUCGUGUUCGUUCACUGCAUCGCGGGGCAAGAGCCACUCUCGGAGGAGGGCCGGAAGACUGGUGGCGCAGGCGGCCGGGCAGCUUUCUUGCGGGACUUGCUACUCCUCUUUGUGUCGUGUGACGUCGUGCUGGUCCUUGAGGAGCGUCCAAUGCUCAACCCCCGCCUUCUGCAAACUCUCCGGCUCAUCCAAUCCGCAAAGACCACACUCUCCCCGUUCCUUUGGUCGAUACCAUCCCCACACGGCGUGAAUUCUCUCCACCCGCCGCCGAGCUCUUCCGGAGAGCCUUUUCACACAGCUCCCUGCCCCGCCUUGCUACUGGUCUUCCCGGAUGAUGCAACGGAAGAGGAAUCGGCAUUUGAUCGAUCUCGGCCGGCGACGACCCGGAGGUUACCCUCUCCGAGGGGCCAGUCAUCCGGUUCGGACCGAGACGAGCCCGGUUCGUACCAUCCCAGGUCAGCAACCGCGAAACGGAAAUUCGCUGCGACGUUGGACGCGCAGGCACGGCUGGUGCUGCGGAAAAGCCGUCUGGCGGGGGGGUCCGGUGAGGGGCGUUUCGGAGGGGGGGAUGGGAGGCAGGACGACGGGCGGAGAGACGAGCCGCUGUUCAGAAUCGACCCUAACCAGGUCUCGGUUCUCGUCAAGCCACACUUAAUCUCCCCAGCGGCCACUUUAGAAUCCGUCUCUGCGUUGCUCAGGCAAGCAACGAACCGGUGGAUCAGUUCUCUGAACCAGGGGGGUGGUCUGGAAGGGGUCAAUGGGCACCCCCACGAAACGAUACGGUUGGACCCACCAGUCGCCGGCCCUUGGGAGGAAAGCGUGAGCGUGCUGCUUGAAGGCAUCUGGGGGGUUGCGGUUGCAGGCCAGAUCGCUAGGGGGGGUGACGUUACGACCGGUGAAAGGAUGGGCUUUCGGUCUUUUGACGACUGGAGACUGACGUGGGACUUUCUCCUGCGAAGCUUCUCUGCCGCAGGUUCCGAGAAGUCUUCAGAAGGACAAGGUUUUGGACCGGAAACUGGGGUCAAGGACGGGUUGAGUGGCGGGGUUGCGGGUGUCCGGGACAGAUUGACAGACACGGAACUCGCUGCGCAAAAUCCGGAAGUCCCUGCAAAAGCCGCUCUGCAAGCCGCGCUGCGUCAGCUGCAUAAGGCGGCGGACCCCCUAUACGCCUACUCCGCGCGCUUAUGCGGGGCGGCACUGCCGGCCGCGCUCGAGGAGUACCUCAAUAACCUGCCGGAGCACUACCCGCUUAUGGUGCAUCAACAACAGCUGGAGAGGGCGGUUUGGGUGAUGAGAAAUCGAGGAGGGGGCGCGGCUUUGAAGGAGUGGGUGGAAAAGUUGGAAAGUAGAUGUGCGAGCAUUUGGGAGGGGGGGAGGAAGUCGUGUGCCGCGCGCAGCCUGACCGGGCAGCCGUGCAUCUACUGCGUGCACUCGUUACCUGUCGACGGUACAGCGGGCGACGGUUCCGAGGGCAAGCGGCACUCGAGCGGCUUCUGUUUUCUCCAGGCGUGCGCGUGCGGAAGGUCCCGCAAGAUGAGGGAGGACCCGUUUGACGAAGCAGAGGCUCGGGAGUCCUGGUCUUCUACCGAAGGCUGCUGCUCGAGCGACUCCGCCCCGGUAGAACACCCCGGGGGAUCCCCCUUCCUUGUCGCCAGGCUGGGCAGCGCCCGGGACUACUCCUCGGGGGAGGGACUCGUCCAAGACGGUUUUGUGCCGGGCCACAACCAGCUGACGUCACUCGACUUCCGGUUACCCGCUCGGUUACUGGAGCGCAUAAGCGAUGGGCGAGAUGCGCCGGGGGCCGUAGGAGAUGGGCAGAAGGCAGCGGCGCCGUCGGGCGCUAGCGCUAACGCUGAGGGGUCGGUGACGUCCGGUCGUGGGCUGCUGACGUCACCAUCUAAGCAUGCGAAGCAGAAGCGGGCGGGCGGCGGGGCGGGGGGUGCGGCUGAGUUCCGGGUUUGGGUCGGGUUCGAGUACGAGUGCCCCGCGGGUCAUCGGUUCCUGCAUAAACCCGUGGUUAAGGAGCCGGUCAGCGAGAAACCCAUCGCAGAAGCUAAGUCGGAAGAAGCGAAAGACAACCCUGCUGCCGUCACUCCCCCCGCCAGAACCGGCCAGGAGAGGGGCACCGCAGCGGUUCCGCUUCAGGGGGGUGGGAGACAAGCCAGAGCAGCCCCCCGGGCGCGAGCUAGACGAAGCGGACGGCAGCCGGGGGGCAGAAACGCGCCGGUAGAUCUGACGUCGGAAGAGUGGCCGGCGAUUGGGGGGAAAGCUGUGAGUAACGAGGCGGAAUGGCCGUCCCUUCAGAGCGCCGCCAGGAAAGGGCUUCUGCCGACACCUGGCGCUCGCCCUGGCAUGCCACUUGGCGGCGCCAGGAAAGGACACGUGGACGAGGAGGCGGGUGCGUCCAAAACGCGCCCCGGCGCGACGUGGGUGGCGAAGAACGAGAGCGGGGAGAAGACGGACGAGGUCGAGGAGUUCCCUCCUUUGACUUCGGUCCUGGGAAAGCAGGUCUCGGCGGCAACACAAACACCCGGAGAUAAGAACCCCGCUGCUGAUGUCACAAACCCCCCAGAAGAUGAGAAGCCGCCCGUAACGCCUAGCGCACCUGAGGCAGACCUGCCUAUCUUGCGGGGGUGCGUCGCAUGCCCGCCGGGGGGUCCCGGCACAAGCGAAUCGGGAGAGAAGAUUGCCCCCCGGGGAGCGCAGCUCCGGCGGGUGUUCUUAGUCACUCCCCCGGGCUUCGCAGCUUUCGGAACGGCCCCACGUGUUAUAGUACGAAGCGCCGGAGGCCAUUCGGAGGCCUUCAGCAGUCCUGCUGACGUCACUGCUGUGGUUAGAGGUGGCAGGAGCAGCGGAGCGACGAGCUCAAAAGCGGCGAAUGAUGGAGGAGGGGCGACCGAACAUGAGGUAAAAGGUGUUGCGGGGUCGCCGGAGGAGCGGACUGCCUCAAAGACGGCAGCGGAGUCUGAAGUGACGGGAACAGAUUCUGCCAGCGUGGGCAGUCGUGCUUCGCAGAGGGAGGUGACGCCACUACCUGCUGACGGAUUUUUCAGCUUGCUUCUGCUGUUUAUCCACAUUGCAGAGGGGAAUGGGAGCGGCAAUCAAUUGCUCUUGGGCAGUGAAACGCAGGCGGUGCUAAAGGCGGGUUCAGGGCUGCGUCUGAGAUUAGCGGUACAUUGACGGUAGAGUGAAAAGGGGAGAUGAUCAAAGUUUUAUAGGCCCCUGCUACGUGGCACCAGUCCCUCGUUUGGCCAUGGGACAGUGUAUUGUAGACAGCCGCAAAUGCAACGAGAUCAAAGCAAGCGCUUUUGCAGUUUCAAAGCUCUCAUUUCUUUCAAGUACAAUGCUCUUGUCAGCUGUACAGGGUUGGUGGGAGCAUGUGAGUAGGCUCUUCAUUGGACCCGCACACCCUUUGAUCGCAUGUAGCCUGUCACUGAGAAUCAUGGAUAGUGGUU